AUGGCAGACGCCAGCUUUGAGGCAGAGUUCCUGGAGAGGCACAACUCUUACCGGGCUGAUCAUGGAGCUCCGCCGCUGACGCUCAGCCGAGACCUGUGCAAAACUGCGCAGGAGUGGGCAGAUCACAUGAUGUCCACAAAAACCCUGCAGCACAGCGACACCGACAACGGAGAGAACCUUUACUACGCGUUCAGCUCCUCCAAAAAGACACCCACCGGAAAAGAGGCUGUAGACAGCUGGUACAGUGAGAUCAAAGAUUACGACUUCAGCAAGCCAGGACCGUCAAGAGGGAAGCCAGUAGGGCAUUUCACCCAGGUGGUGUGGAAGAGUUCGAAGGAAGUUGGGGUGGGCCUUGCGACUGAUGGACACACCGUCUAUGUGGUCGGCCAGUACAGCCCUGCAGGAAACAUCACCAAUGAGGGCUACUAUGAGAAGAAUGUCCUUCCCAAAGGUUCCCAACUACAGGCAGAUGAAGAGCAGCGCUCUGAAGGAAAGGAGCAGGACGAGGGGAAAGGCAGCGGUACAAACAAAUAAAAACCUUCAUGCCAGUUCCUUGUCUGUGUCUGAUCAGACGCCAGCUUUGAGGCAGAGUUCCUGGAGAGGCACAACUCUUACCGGGCUGAUCAUGGAGCUCCACCGCUGACGCUCAGCCGAGACCUGUGCAAAACUGCGCAGGAGUGGGCAGAUCACAUGAUGUCCACAAAAACCCUGCAGCACAGCGACACCGACAACGGAGAGAACCUUUACUACGCGUUCAGCUCCUCCAAAAAGACACCCACCGGAAAAGAGGCUGUAAACAGCUGGUACAGUGAGAUCAAAGAUUACGACUUCAGCAAGCCAGGACCGUCAAGAGUAGGGCAUUUCACCCAGGUGGUGUGGAAGAGUUCGAAGGAAGUUGGGGUGGGCCUUGCGACUGAUGGACACACCGUCUAUGUGGUCGGCCAGUACAGCCCUGCAGGAAACAUCACCAAUGAGGGCUACUAUGAGAAGAAUGUCCUUCCCAAAGGUUCCCAACUACAGGCAGAUGAAGAGCAGCGCUCUGAAGGAAAGGAGCAGGACGAGGGGAAAGGCAGCGGUGCGGACGCCAGCUUUGAGGCAGAGUUCCUGGAGAGGCACAACUCUUACCGGGCUGAUCAUGGAGCUCCGCCGCUGACGCUCAGCCGAGACCUGUGCAAAACUGCGCAGGAGUGGGCAGAUCACAUGAUGUCCACAAAAACCCUGCAGCACAGCGACACCGACAACGGAGAGAACCUUUACUACGCGUUCAGCUCCUCCAAAAAGACACCCACCGGAAAAGAGGCUGUAGACAGCUGGUACAGUGAGAUCAAAGAUUACGACUUCAGCAAGCCAGGACCGUCAAGAGUAGGGCAUUUCACCCAGGUGGUGUGGAAGAGUUCGAAGGAAGUUGGGGUGGGCCUUGCGACUGAUGGACAAACCGUCUAUGUGGUCGGCCAGUACAGCCCUGCAGGAAACAUCACCAAUGAGGGCUACUAUGAGAAGAAUGUCCUUCCCAAAGGUUCCCAACUACAGGCAGAUGAAGAGCAGCGCUCUGAAGGAAAGGAGCAGGACGAGGGGAAAGGCAGCGGUGCGGACUCCUCUUGGUUCCUCAGUGAGUUCCUGCAGGAGUGUAACAAGCGCCGGAAGGAGCAUGGGGCGGAACCUCUUUCCCUGAGCUCCACCCUGUGCCAGGAGGCCCAGGCCUGGGCGGAGGCCCUGGUGAAGGAGCGUGUGCUCAAACAAUCCAGCGAUGAGUACGGACAGAACAUCUGGGGCGUGUCUGGGGACCCAAAAAUCACCGUCUCAGGGAAGGAGAUUGUGGAGAAGUGGUACAAUGAAGUAGACAAUUAUGACUUUGAGAAACCUGGACCCCAGGACAAAACCGGGUAUUUCACCCAGCUGGUGUGGUGUGGGUCUAAGGAGGUGGGCAUAGGGAAGGCUAACAAUGGCAAAGGCAACAUCAUCAUUGUGGCAUACUUCCAGCCAGGCGGCAACAUCACCAACCAUGGUUACUAUGCCCGCAAUGUACUACCAAAGGGGUCAAAGAUACAGCCCUCCUAG